GCCUAUGAAGAAAGUGGGAGAAACACUUGUUCCCAAAAGCGAAGAUGAAUUUGAUGCCGAGGACAUCAAGAAGAUUGAGAACUACGCCAAAGCAAUCAAUAUGCUUUAUUGCGCAGUGAAUCCCGACGACUACCGCAAGAUCUCUUGUUGCACAACCGCAAAAGAGAUGUGGGAUAAGCUUGAAGUCACGUACGAAGGUACGGAUCAGGUACGUGAAGCUAAAAUCGAUUUUCUUACGCAGGAAUACGAGCUUUUCAGGAUGAAAGAGGGCGAGAAGAUCGAUGAGAUGUUUGAACGCUUCUCCAAGAUCAUCAAUGAUCUUCAUGCUCUCAAGAAGACAUACACCAACAAGGAUUUAGUACGAAAAAUCCUGCGUAGCCUCACUCCCGAAUGGAGAUCCAAGGCGGAUGCGAUCUACGAAUCCAUUGGAAUCUCAAACGUAACCAUUGACGGGUUAAGAGGUAAUCUUAAAACUUAUGAGUCAACUAUUCUAACCCCUUCUUUAAGUGAUCAAAAGAAAAAGGGGAUUGCUCUAAAAGCAACCAAGGAAACGGUUGAACAGGAAUCACUUGAUGACAAUAGCGAGUUCGGACUCAUCAUCAAGAAAUUCCACAAAUUCAUGAGAAAGGAAUUUGACCGUAAGGGGAAGAAGUGUGAUGGCCCUCCCAAGUGCUAUGGUUGUGGGGAGGUCAGGCACAUCAAACCGAAGUGUCCAAACGCCAAAGGCUCCAAGGGCAAACAUGGAUUUAAGAAACAAAGAGCCUACAUCUCUUGGGGAGGCGACUCGGGCGAAGAAUCAAGCGAGGAGGAGGAGGAAGACGAAGAAGCAAAUCUUUGUCUCAUGGCUCAAGAAGAGGAAGAAUCCUCCAGCGAAAAAGAGGUACCCGGAGGAAAAACCAAGACCAAGGCCACCAUGUCCAAGAAGAAGAGCAUGGCCGAUGCAUCGUCCUCGCUGCCCGAAACGUACCCGUACCUUGAUGGGUCGUUUCUCGAGUUUGGAUCGGAGGCGGAGCUCCAUCACUUCCUCUCCUAUUUCUCUACGCGCCCCAUCGCGCCGCCUCGCAUCCUCCCGGAGCUUUACCCCCAACAAAAGGGAUUUCAUGAUCUCGACAACCAGCUCCAAGCUUCAGGACUUUGGCCGUUCGUCUCCAAGAGCCACCAAAGCUUCAACCACGGGCUUGUGCGUGCGUUCUACUCCAACCUACGCCGAGAAGGGGACGUCCUCAAGACGAGCAUCAAUCUCUAUGACAUAGAGAUCACGUUGGACACCCUCUCUCGCGUCUCAGGGCUGCCUACUCGGGGAGAGGAUAUCGCGACGUACGGAGGCGAAGAUUGGCACGUCAACAACGAAGGCGUGGUCCUUCGAGAGCUUGGCAUCACCAACCUCAUCCGGCACAAGGGCGCACCGACCAUUCACUCCGCUCCUUUGGAGAAGAGGGUCCUACUCUACCUUCUCACCCGGGUUCUCCAUCCUCGGGAUCACAGCCACACCACCCUCUUCACCGAAGACGUCAAGAUGAUCCACGCGAUCAUGCACGGAGCCGACGUCAAUUGGGCCAAGUUCAUCAUGAUCAACAUGGCCGAUUGUGCAUCCAUUAGCACCGAGAGGAGUCUCCCUUAUGCUUUCCUAGUCAUGGAGAUCAUUGCACGCAACAACAUCCACAUCGCCGACCCCGUCACCAAGAUGACCAAGCUUUGGCUCAUCAACGAUGGCACCUUCCGGAAGAAGUCCGGAAACCGCAAUGGCGCAGGGACAAGCCGUGUCACUACCGCUGCCCCUGCCCGAGCUUCUCUCCAGUCUAUUGCCGACUCUCUCAACGCCCUCAUGGUCAACAUUGAUGACAUGGGCCGUGCCGUUGAGCGCAUCGACCGGACUGUGCAGCGCCAACGUCAUGAUAUGCGCGCCUACUUCAAACAAGUCCAGUACGUCCCUCCUCCGUAUGAUGGGACUUUCCUCGGCCAAGACUAUGAUGGCGGGGAUGAGGACGACGACUCCUAUGCUCCGUCGUCGUCACCCGACGAGGACGAGUUUGAUGAAGAGGUGGACGGCGAUGCCAUAACCGUUGAGGAUGACGAGAACGACGAUGAAGACUCCUAGACUUUCUUCACUCCUUAUCUUUAUUAUUUCUAUGUUGUUUUCUUUACUAUUCCGUUGUAUUCCGCAUUUCCCUUAUCGUUAUUGAAUAAAAGUUAUCUUUUAAAUCUUUUUGUUAAUGUCAAAAGGGGGAAGAUGUUGGGUUAUGCACAAUUUGAGGGGGAACCUUUAUCCUUAAACAAUCUUUUUCAAAGUAUUAAAUUUCCAAGAAUUUAAAAUAUUAAUAAUGAUGCUUUGAUUAA